GGUUACCUUUUACUGGGAAGAUGGCGCAGUGGAAACAGCUUCAGCAACUGGACACCAGGUAUUUGGAGCAAGUGGAUCAGCUUUACAGCGACAUCUUCCCCAUGGAGAUUCGACAAUACCUCAGCCAGUGGAUUGAGAGCCAAGACUGGGAUGUGGUGGCUAACUGUGUCUCCUUGGCGACAGUGCGUUUUCACGACCUUAUGGCCCAGCUGGAUGAGCAGUUUAGCCACUCUGCUGGAGAAAACAACCUACUGCUACAACACACCUUACGCAAGAUAAAGGGCAACAUACUGAUGAACUUUCAGGAGCGGCCUGUGCAGCUGGCGGGACUGAUAGCUCACUUCCUGAAUGAGGAGAGGAAGAUUCUCCAGUCUGCCCUUAAGGAGAACACCUGCCCAUCACACAGCAGCAAGAUGAUGGAUAAGCAGGGGGAGUUUGACCACAAAAUCAGUGAACUGCAGUCCAUUGUGCAGGAGACCAAGCGGGACAUCCAGGCGUUGGAAGACCUGCAGGAUGACUACGACUUCAGGAAGAAGACUCAACAGACCACUGCCGAGAAUGAAACACCCAGCCGAGCGCUUAAAGAGAAACUAAAGCAAGGGGAGAGAACGAUCCAGCAAAUGUUCCUCAGUCUACACAGCGCUCGCCAGGCUGUGUUGAUGCAGAUGACUAACGCGCUAACCUUAGCAGAGGAGAUCCAGAGGACACUAGUCUCGGAGGAGCUGCCGAAGUGGAAGCGCAGACAACAGAUCUCCUGUAUCGGAGGACCUCCUAACGCUUGCUUGGAUCAGCUGCAGAACUGGUUCACAUCGGUGACAGAGUGCCUGCAGCAGAUUCGGCAGCAGCUAAACAAACUCCAGGAGCUUGUGCAGAAACUGACCUAUGAAAACGACCCCAUCACUCAGCGCGCCGGCGCCCUGGAGGAACAGACCCUACACCUGUUCAGAAGCCUCAUCAGCAAUGCUCUUGUAGUGGAAAGACAGCCCUGCAUGCCCACUCAUCCACAGAGGCCCCUGGUGCUGAAGACCUCAGUGCAGUUCACGGUUAAACUCAGACUACUGGUCAAACUCCCAGAAUUUAACUGCCAACUUAAGGUUAAAGCCACUUUUGACAAAGAUGUGACAGAGAAGAGUACCAUUAAAGGGUACCGGGCGCUCAACUGUCUAGGGACGCAAACCAAAGUCUUGAACUUUGAGGAAUCCAGUGGAUGCAUAGCGGCAGAGUUCCGUCAUCUGCAGAUAAGAGAAAACAAAACCGUUGGCUCGAGGUCAAAUGAGGGACCUCUGACUGUCUCAGAGGAGCUCCACUUAAUCUCCUUCAACACCCAGCUUGUGCAACAUGGAAUUACUAUCGACAUCAUGACCACCUCACUGCCUUUAGUUGUGAUCUCAGGGUCGGUUCAGAUGCCUGCGGCCUGGGCUUCCAUCCUCUGGUACAACAUGCUGUGUAGCGAACCGAGGAACCUGUCGUUUUUCCUGAACCCAGAGCAGGCCACGUGGGGCCAGCUGUCAGAGCUUUUGAGCUGGCAGUUUUCCUCCGUUACUAACAGGGGCCUGAACCCAGAGCAGCUCAGGAUGCUCGGAGACAAACUUCUUGGACCUGAAGCUGGAGGAAAUCCAGAUGAGCUUAUCUCUUGGCCAAAGUUCUGUAAGACCUGCAGUGACAGAAUUCCAUCUUUCUGGCACUGGCUGCACAGCACUCUCCAGCUGAUUAAAAACCAUCUGCUGGACCUGUGGAAUGAUGGAUUAAUUAUGGGCUUUGUGAAUAAGGAACAGGAGAAGUUCUUGUUGAAGGACAAACAGCCAGGGACAUUUCUUCUGCGUUUUAGUGAGAGCUGUCGAGAUGGCGGAAUCACUAUUACAUUUAUAGAGACAUCACAGUUUGGAGAGCAUGAGAUUCAUUCAGUGAAGCCUUAUACGAAGUACGAUUUAAAGAAUCUCUCAUUUGCUGACAUCAUCCACAACUACAAACUACUGGAUUCUCUGUGUAUCCCUGAAGAUCCGCUGCUCUUUCUCUACCCCGACAUUCCCAAAGACAAAGCCUUUCGCCCCUAUUACAGCAAACCAUCAGAAGAUGCAAGUCCUCCAGAGGACAUGGAGACGAAACCAAACGACCGCCCUUACCUUGACAGACGAAUCAUAUCUGUAUCCAAAAAUCCUCGCCCGAUGCCUUUCCCUUCAGACGUAUUUCCCGAUUCUGACAUGAUGGUAGACCAGGUCGAGGAAAGUGAAGGGCUAAUCCACACACAGCAAAACGCUGACCCAGAGGGCGCUCAGGCCGCAGUCCCCGGACCGCCUGAGACCUGUUGCUACAGCCCGGUUUUGCCCGAUAAGCCUGCCCCCAAGAAGAGGAAGCCGGUGGAGGAGCUGUACCAGCCGGCCACCGUGAACUCGAAUGAAUGGGCUGAAAACGAAGACGAACUGUUUUUCUUGAGUCUUUUAAGGGGUAGUUUUCAAAGGUUGUCAUUACAGAAGAGAGCAGAACUUAAAAUGAAGUUUCAGCGAAUAAUCUUCGAAGCGGAGUUCAACCAGUAG